CGCGGGUCCUCGGCCGCAGAGCCGCGUCUCCGGUAGGCUCAGACGACCUGAAGUCCGGGCCUCUGUGUGGUGAUAAGGAAACCAAGUCACAGAUAGUUUAAGUGACUUGUCCAAGGUCAUACGGCUUUUUUUCUUACAAGGCUAAGAAAAUCACAAGGCACAUGUCAGUGAAUCAGCAACAUCUAGAUCCAGAUAGUACUACAGAUGUGGAAGAAGUUACAGAUGCUGAAGAAGAACUUAUUAAAAAAUGUGAAGAAAUGUGGAAAGGUAUGGAAGAAUGUCAGAACAAAUUAUCGCUUGUUGGAACUGAGACACUCACUGAUUCAAAUGCUCAGCUGUCAUUAUUAAUUAUGCAAGUGAAAUGUUUGACUGCUGAACUCAGUCAAUGGCAGAAAGAAACUCCUGAAAUGAUUCCACUGAAUGAAGAAGUUCUGGUAACAUUAGGAAAAGAAGAGUUCCAAAAAUUGAGACAUGAUCUUGAAUUGGCACUAUCUACUAUUCAGUCAAAGAAUGAAAAGUUAAAGGAAGACUUAGAAAGGGAACAAAAAUGGUUGGAUGAACAGCAACAGAUAUUGGAAUCUCUUAAUGUACUACACAGUGAUUUGAAACAGCAGGUUGUGACAUUUUCUGAAUCAAGAAUCUUUAAUGAGCUGAAAACGAAAAUGCGUGAUAUAAAAGAAUAUAAGGAGAAACUCUUGGUUACCUUGGGUGAGUUUCUAGAAGACCAUUUUCCUCUGCCUGAUAGAAAUGUUAAAAAGAAAAAGAAAAACAUUCAAGAAUCAACUGCACAGCUGAUAACACUGCAUGAAAUGUUAGAGAUUCUUUUAAAUAGAUUAUUUGAUGUUCCACAUGACCCAUAUGUCAAAAUUAGUGAUACUUUUUGGCCACCUUAUAUUGAGCUGCUCCUGCGUAAUGGAAUUGCCUUGAGACAUCCAGAAGAUCCAACCCGAAUAAGAUUAGAAGCCUUCCAUCAGUAAAAAGAUGGUCUUUUUUUCACACAGUACCUAAAGAAUCUUGUCAUUCAAGGAUAAUGGAAACACUGAGAAUUACUUGGAUAAGGAACAUUAUUUACAAAUCAAAGCACAUAGUCCAUCUUCCUUUUGUGCUUAAAAUGACUCAUGCUGACAUCCACUAUUCAUUUAAAAAUGGUCCUUUUGCAGUCAGUCAUUGCUUUGGCAUUUUCAACUGGGUGGACAAGAAUGCAAGUGAAAAAUAUUCUAGAUUUAAUUAUUACAAAACUUUAAAUAUACCUUACUAAGGCAAUAUUCUUUGGAAAAUUCGUUGUUAAUUUAUGAUAUUGAUAAUGUAAUAUUUUUCUUUUAAAAUUUAUGACAGUUUCUUUUAUGAAUUUGAUUUCCAUUUGGUGCUUACAUCCUUUAAAUUUACAAAUUGUAAUGGAAAGGCCAUUUAAUUUGCAGGAGGUUUAAAAAUUGACUUAGUAUCUUAAUGUAGAAGGAAGCAUAAUUUAAAAGUAUUUAGUAAAUACGUUCCAUGUAUACUGCCAUAUUUCUAGAUUUGUUAAAAAUUGGAAUGUUAAAAAAACUAAUGGAUAAAGGUAGCAUGAAAACUAUAUUUUAAUGUGU